AUGCUCGGAGACCCGGCUGAGGUGGGCUCCACGGACCGAGGCUCGCACACGGGUUCCGAGCUCAUUCCAGCGGCCUGCAGCACAAGACUCCCCCGCCACACUGCCGGCCUCGGUGGCUACCAGCCGCGCUCCCCGCCCCCCAGGGCAGCCUGGUGUCCAGUAGGGACCACGGGCUACAGCCCCCGCCCGGACCCGCUGCCGACUUACCUGACAGCCAAAGGGAAGGGCUCCUGGCUCGAGGGGCCGAUCAGGCAAGACUGGAAAAGUGUCAGAGUCAAGGCCAGCAGGCAGACGUCAGCGGUCUUCGCGACCCGGCCUGGAGGCGGCGGCGGAGCUCGCGUGGUGGCCGCUCCAUGCCUACGCUGCCUCGCCUGCGCCACCAUCAAGGGCGACCUUAGAAACGGAACUCGGCCAGCCUGCUGCCAGCGCCCGUGCGCUCUGCCUCCCUCCCCCUCCACCCCCGCCGCUCGCCUCCCCGAUUUAUCCGCGGUCUCCCAGGGCGGGGGUGGUGUGAAGACGCGGAGGCUGCGGGGAUGGGUGUGGCCAGAGCCGGGCUCGGGCUGCUUUCCCCGGGACUGCGGGCGCGGCAAGCAUUCCGGUUCUGAGUUCAUUCCAGCGGCCAGCAGUGCAAGGCUCGCCCGCCCACCCUGCAGACCUCGGCGGCAAAGUGCCGCGCACUCCGGCCCCCACAACAGCCUGGCGCCGAGUCGGGACCCCGGCCUCCAGCCCCUGCCCGGACCUGCUGCCGACUUACCUGACGGCCGAAGGGAAGGGCUCCUGGCUCAAGGGGCCGAUCAGGACUUGACCAAGCGGCGGCGGCUGGCGCCAUGGCCCUUCCUCCUGCCCCGAGAGCGGAGCGCAGCCGGGGAGGAUGGGGCGCCCGCCCGGUGUGAGCUCACCCAGCGUCGGGCUCGCGCAGCGCUUCCCGCGGCCUCCAGCGUGCAUCCUCCGGCUCCGGGUGGACGGGGCGCGCAGUGGAUCCGCGGUCACCGGCUCAGCGCGAGAGGGAGGCGAACGCGGCGGAGGAGACCUGCAGCCUGCGGGAUCCAGCCGGUCCCCGCCGGGAGAAGUCGCCCUCCCUCCCAACACCUUUUAGCAGUCCAUUCUAGCUGAGUCAGAGAGACCUGCCUCCAGAGAUGUUACCUGAGCCAAAUGGAGGAAUGUGCGAGGAAUUUAACCAGAAUUUAUCCGGAUGUAUGAAAUUUCACGAAAGAUGCCAAAAUUGUCACAGUUACCUAUCUGAAGACUGACCUGAAGUACCUGAAUUCCUUGAGGCUCUGAAAUUAGUCAAUAUAUCCACUCAGCAAUAUGAUCAGAUUGUUUGGAUGG